AUGCACGAUGCCUGGUGGAUAAUGCGCAUUCAUCUGUCGACCCAAAGCCUUGGUAUAUUGGAAUACUCUAUGAUCGCUAUGGGUCUAUCGAUCACACCAAAGAAGCCUUCUCUUGUGUUCUUCAUGAUGGAUAAAGAUUCCUUGUGCCCUUUGCAAGUUUCUCAAUUGAGGCUGGUGUGGACAAUGCGACGACAAUGUGGGUGGAGGAUCGGAGGAUGA